GUCAGACUUGUCAUAACAGCCAAGACUCAGGGGAAAUACCGUCUCAUUUCUUCUAUGGAAAAGCACCGUCCGUCUUUCUCCUGUAUAUGAUGAAGAUUGCCAAAAUGCAGAACACAGUCGAUUCCGUCCAACAAGAAAAGGGGCUGGGAUCCCUAUGCGACCUACCUCUGCCCCCGGAGCUGGAACUGGAAGUGGAACAAGAGAUUCUCGAGGAAAUCCAAAAACAUUCUGAAAUUGCAAGUAGCCAAUAUGGCAUCAACGCUUUUAUCAUUGGCCUUUUCCUGCUGUUGGCUUGUUCCCUCCAAGUUGUUGGAGUGAAUGAAAUAGACCUCAAGAUAUUCGUGACCAUCCUGAUGCUGAUCCAGGUGCUGUGGAUGCUUUGGUACAUUCUAAGGAAUUCUACUAAGAAGUCAGGGCAGAAGGAGAAAGAUUUGCACGCCGGGGCACGCUGGUUAAGGUGUGGUAUAUCCUUCUUUGCCCUGACCACAACGGCGAUGGAUGCCUUGAAACUGGGCUACUUUAUUGGCUAUCGAGCGUGUAUGCCGCUGACUGAAGGUGUUUAUCCAGUUGCUCAUUUUAUUCACACACUUUUUCAGGUCUAUUUCCUCUGGUUUCAUUCACAAGAUGUCAUCAAGUCCUACAAAACUCUUGAGAGGUUUGGCCUAAUUCACUCAGUCUUUACCAAUUUACUCCUGUGGGCGAGUGCAGUAGCAACAGAAUCAAAACAUCAACUUGCAGAGCAUAUGGGAAGACUCUCGUCUCUUGGUUUUGUAAAUAUAUCUGUUGAUGAGAUAACCCCAUUGUGCAACUGCACCACUAAUGUGUGCCAUGAAUUCUCCAAGGGAAUAUAUUACAUUUACCCUUUCAACAUCGAGUAUCAUAUUUUAGCAUCUGCAAUGCUCUAUGUUCUGUGGAAGAAUAUUGGGAACCAUAUCAAGCAUCAUGGGAGUAGAAAAAGGUUCAAGUUGCACGGUGUGGCCAUUGGUACUAUUUUGGGACUCAUCGUGCUAGCAGCAACCAUUGGAGCCGUUUUUAUAUAUAUCGUCAGAAUUGGACGCUCAAAAACUAGCAGUGAAUCCGCACUAACAAUUUACUAUUGGUACUCAAUCAUUGUGCUCUUCGCAAUGAGUUUGGCUUCAGUCUUUGGCCUGAUACUUUAUAAAUUGGAAAAAAAGCCCACAUAUCAAGCCUUUAGCCCUUCUAUAAAGCUAGAUGCCAGCCUACUAGUAGGUGCUGCCUCUGCAUCUUGGAUUACGGCAUGGGGAGCCAUCUUGGCAUUAACGUUUUCUGGAAGCCGUCUGAUAUACACUUGGUUUAAUCUGCCAUACUCCGUUUUGGUGAUCAUACAGAAGUACGUGCAGAACAUUUUUAUCAUUGAUUAUCUUUACUGUGAGAAUGAGCACACAGACAGUAUAACACUGGAUAACAUAGAAAUACCCAUUCCCAUAUUGCCGAGUGAAGCCAUGGUAACUGAAAACCACACAGCCAUAGAAGCCUUUCCUGAAGAAGUCAAGGAAGAGAAAGACGGAAAUAUCUUCUUGAAUGGCAACACUAUGGAGAAGAACUUUCCAGACAAUAAUGCCAACAAUAACUCUUUUGAGAACAACAUCAACAGCAAUGAAAAAGACAAGACACAAUCGGCUCAACGACCAGAUAAAGCAACAAUCCAUAAAAUCCGAGACUCGCCGAGCUUCAGGAAAGCACUGCUGAAAAACCUCACAGUCUUCUUGUUUCUUUGCAAUGUUUCCCUUUGGAUUCCCCCAGCCUUUGGAUGCCGCCCCCAGUAUGAUAACGGCCUGGAAGCAUUGGUUUAUGGAUUUUCGCCAUGGAUCAUUCUAGUCGAUAUCGCUCUACCAUUUUCAAUAUUCUACAGAAUGCAUUCAGUUUACUCACUUUUUGAUGUGUAUUGUAAGAUAUAAAGCCGUGCCAAAAUAGGAAUAGUGUGAGUAUAGCUGGCAUUUUGCAUUUAUGACAACAGUACAGUAGAAUAAUGAGGAAUUCAGUGUGUAAUACAGGGCAUUGGGUCAGUUCUGUAGGGUUUUACUCUGUGCCAGCCAUAACUGAAUGCCAAUCUUCUUCUUUAGGGCAGUGAAUUUUCUUACAAAUCUGUCGUUAUUCAUUAGCCCUAUUCAUCUCUCUAGAGCUACUUAUUGUUCUCUGCUUUUAUAUUGUUUUUUCCUUUCAUAAAUUUUGUAAAGGGAUAUGGACAUAGGUGGAGACAUAUCGAUAAAAACACAACUGUAUACAUUGCAAAAAAAUGUAUAAUGGAUUCAUUCUGUUUUGUACAUCACAUUCAAGGAGGUUUAUAGAACUGGGCUUAAAACUAGGCUAUUUUCACAGGGCAGGUGAUACAGACAGAGCUUCUUAGUAUUCCUUGCCCAUUGGAACUUCCCAGCUUGUUUGUCUAAUUCACACACAAGUUAGGGGGCAGCUACUGUUUGGGUUGGUUAUGUUAUAAAAGGCCCUAACUUUGCCCCGGAGCUGUAACC